ACAGACGGACGGACAGACGUUUUGCUGUCACUCCAUUUUUUGGUACCAAGGACCCAAAAUAUCUUACUAAAGAACGUUUUAAAUGAAGUAGUUUGUACGAAGACAAAUAUACUACAUGUAUCAUUCCAUUUCCGAUGAAAUAAUUUUCAGCGUGAGAAAUACAGGGGCGACACGCGGCUCCUACAAGUCGUGAGAAUUUAUCAAAUUAAAUAAUGAGUGUAUAUCAGGAUUAAAAAUAGUAAUAAUAGCAAUAAUAAGUCUUACUGCGACAAUACAUAAUAAUUAAUUAACAAUAAUAUUAGUAGUGACAACAGUUUUCAGCGAAAGAAGUUCUUACCACCUGCCAAGGAAUGAAGCCCAAAAAUUUCUGGGGGGUAAGGGGCCCCACACCCUAACCCCGUCCCCAGGAACGUGCCAAUGCCUAGUGGAAGGAUGGGAAUGAAAUGUCUUGGGUAUUGAUCGACCAAGAAUAACGCGUGUUGUGGUUUUGACACAAGCCUACUGCUCUUUGUCGCUCGGUACUAUUAUAAACAAGCCAGGUAGACGAUAGCAACGGCACUGCAGCGAUUGUGAACGAAUGAGUUGUGGACGGGAAGGUGGCAGGUGACGUGUGGACAGAACGCGUGUGAAGUGCUGUCAAAAUGCGACACGAGUGAUCGCGACCUCUAAGCAGGUGGAAGCAGGUUAUGCUGGAUGUCAGUUACGAGGUUACGUGGGAGAAAGUGACCCUCUGAAUAAGGUUCCUGGGAGGAUGUUGGACUAUGAAGAUGAUUACUUUUUAGAAGAAGACAAAAUUUUUUGAGAUGUGUAGAUGCAUUCUUCCUUCUGCUCUGCUGAUUUAUAUUUAUGUUGAUACCUUGAAGUACGUGUAUGCAAGUGUUUGAUCUAAAUCUCAUGGCUUUUCCAAAUGUACCAUGGGAUUACUAUACAAAUUUUGCUGUCAGCCAUGAACUCCUGUGUGCCAUGGAAGAUCGCAUGGGAAUGACGGUGACGUCCGGCAGCGUGUGCAUCCGCAAGGACACUUCCAACCUCAUCGGCAUCAGCAUCGGCGGCGGCGCGCCGCUCUGCCCCUGCCUCUACAUCGUGCAGGUAUUUGACAAUACUCCUGCUGCUAAAGAGGGCACACUACAAAGUGGUGAUGAGCUAGUUGGUGUUAACGGAGCCUCUGUAAAAGGCAAAACAAAAGUUGAAGUUGCAAAAAUGAUACAAGGAUGUAAGGAUGAAGUGAAUAUAAACUAUAACAAGCUUCAUGCAGAUCCCCAGCAAGGUCGCACACUUGAUAUCGUCCUGAAGAAGGCAAAACAUCGCCUUGUAGAAAACAUGAGUACAGCAACUGCUGAUGCUCUGGGACUAUCACGGGCCAUUCUCUGCAAUGACACCUUGGUGCGUCGGCUAGAAGAGCUAGAGCAGACAGAACUGAUGUACCGUGGCCUUGUGGAUCAUGCAAAGAGAGUUUUGAAAGCAUUUUUUGAUCUCCUUCAAGUCUACAAAGCUUUCGGUGAUACAUUUGCUGCAAUUGGAGUUCGAGAACCUCAGCCCCGUGCAAGUGAGGCCUUUCGACAGUUUGGCGAUAAUCAUCGUCAGAUGGAAAAAUAUGGUAUCAAAAUGCUUAAGGCUGUUAAGCCAAUUUUAUCAGACCUUGGAACAUAUCUUUACAAGGCAAUUCCAGACACAAAACUUACAAUUCGUAAGUAUGCAGAUGCAAAGUUUGAGUACCUGUCUUAUUGUUUAAAAGUUAAAGAAAUGGAUGAUGAAGAAUAUAGUUAUGGAGCUCUUCAAGAACCUUUGUAUCGUGUUGAAACAGGAAACUAUGAGUACAGGCUUAUUCUACGCUGUCGCCAAGAUGCUCGUGCUCGGUUUGCACGAUUACGUUCUGAUGUUUUGGUAAAGCUGGAAUUGCUUGAUAAUAAACAUGUUCAGGAUGUAGUGUGGCAAUUACAACGUCUGGUAGCUGGACUUGCAGAGUUCCAUGAAGAGACAUUGACUUUAUUGAAAGGAAGCUCCCUUUUCCCUAUUGAAGUGGAUUUGACACGUUCAGCAUUCCAAUACAAAUCAACAGCUCCAAUUGUUCAGGAUGGUGAUGGUGAUGGUGACGAAGACGAUGAUGAUGACCUAUUGCAAGCAGAUGAAGCAAAGGAAGAGGAAGAUGAACCAGAAGAGGAGGUUACUACUGCACUGAUUCCUGGACUUACAGAUUAAUGUAUAUAAAUUAAAAUAUAUUAAUAUAGGAACUUUCUGGGAAUAAUUUGCACUAGUCAGAAGAAAAAAUGUGCUUCCAGAAAUUAUCAGAGAAUGAAGAAAAAAUCAGUUGGGAAUUAUUUAAUCAUUUUAUAUAAACAAGUGAAAAAUAUUAACUGUAAACUGUGCCUAGUCAUCACACAAGUCAACAAUAUUUGCUUUGAGUACAAUCUAAUGUUGUGACAGUCUGUGUUUUUAGUCAGUACUAGUCUCUAUGUUUCAGAGUGUAAAAGUGUCAUGUAAUAAAAUACGAUUUUAUAUUUGACAAAAUAAAAUAUGGGUUAGCAAAAAUGUAAUUUUUCAAAUCUUAAUUCUAACUAACAUUGGACGGACUGAGGUAUUUUCAACUUUUCCAGAACGUGAAACUAAGGAACUGCGUUUUCUCUUUCAUACUCAUUUUGUAUUUUUGCAUUGAUUUUCUCUUCAUCCAAUAUCACCUAGAAAGUUCAAAUGCAUCCAUGAGGUUAAAUUUAACCAAUGUGUAGUACAUUAUUCCAAACGGGGUAAAUACUAAAAUGGCAAUAUAAAAUUUACCUCAUUUUUAAAUUGUAAGAAUUUUUCAUUUGUUUCAACUUUCUCAAAUGUCUCAAGGUAUUUCGUACG